UUGCGAAGUAAGCAGAGGGAGGACCGCUUGGUUGGGUUGGGGGAGCCCGGGGAGUGGGUUUGGCUUGCUGGCUGGCCGGGGCGGGCUGGGCUGGUGCUACUGGGGGCCGGGGGGUGGGGUUGGGGUUGGCAUGAGAGUACACUUCUUUUGCAAUCUCAAUCCCGCCUGUUUUGCGCCUUGCCUCUCUAUUCGUGUCCAGAAACAAAAAACGCUCUUGCAUGCCUCCUCUGUUCGGUUCCAUCCGCUCCGUGGUAAGUGUAUCUUGUGCAUCUUGCGCUGCUGCUGCUGCUGCUGCUGCUCUUCCGCUUCUCUGCUUCUGCUGCCUCCUCCUGCACGAGUGCUACUGCUGCAACUCCUUCUAUUUAGUCGAGUCCGUUGGUGAUGGAUGGCCGGUGGUGCGGCAUGUCGGCCUUCAUGUGCGUUUGUGCAAUCUGAAUCUUCUUCCUGCCUUUGCGGCUGCUGUGGCUAUGUGUCCAUGGCUGCCCUCAAUGCUGCCUCCGUCGCGGUUGUUGUCGCCGAGGUGGGUCGUCGUGUCUCAAGUCUCAAUCCUCGUCACCUGAGCGACUCGUGGAGCGCCGGACUGUGCUUUCGCAUCCAUUCGCUUGCAUUUGGUCGAUCGUGCGAUCGUAUUGGUGUUUUUUCUUGCGCUCUCUCUUCCGUUGUUGGUGGUCGUGGAUGAAUUGCGCGCGUUUCGUUUCCUCGCGCGCUUGAAUACGCGAGACCGGGUUCCAAGUAUCGAUCGAAUGGGGGCAGGGCAUGAAUUGGACGGUGUAAGCUUGGAAAGCGUGAGGUUUUGGUAGAGGACGAACUGACGGCAGAAUGGCUUCGAAUAGGGAGGAGCCUCCUAGUAAGAAGCGGGUAGCUGCGAGACAAAUAAGCAAAGAUGAUGAUCCUGAUUCUGAAGGGGAAGACAGUUCCAUGCUAGGUGGAACUUUUCGCAGAGCCAGUAGCGAAGUUUUAGCGGAAAGAAGAAUAGUCAAAGUACGCCGCACUCCUGUUCCCUCCUCAACUCCCAAUCCCUUUGCUUCAAUAAAACUGGUGCCACCAUCGUUAGCUCCUGUCGUUCAAGAAUCCUCGAACCCUCCUAGUUUCUCAAUUCCUGUAAGCACAAACUCGGCACAAAAUCCAAGCGCGGCAGAUGUCGAAGUUAAGGCCUCUGCCCCAACGCUUGAUGGUGGAGUUGCGGACAAUUCAGAUGAGGUUGGCUCCACGGCUUCCGAAGUAGCUGUAGAAAAAUCUAUAGUAGUGACAGAGGGUGCAUCGGAAGCCAGUGAUCUGGGUCAGGGUGGCACUAUAGACAGUAAUGAAGUAGCUGGCGCUGGUGAUGUUGCGGAAUCAGUGCCAGGAGAAAUUACCGAGACGGUGAAGGAAACAGUCCUCGUCGUGGAGAAGGAAGCCAGCAGUAACAACAACGGCGACAUCAUUGACAAAAGCUCGGAAGAACAAGAAAAGGCGAGCGAGAGUGAGUCUGUCGGGCCUAGCGGGGCGAGCUCCGAGACAUUCCAGCAGCUGUCGGGAACCAAGAACGCCUUUGCCGGCUCGUUCGGGACGGGCUUCGGGAGCACUCCUUUCAUCUUCAGCACCUCGUCGAAUCCGUCCUCCCAAGCCUCGUCGGGUUUUGCAUCAUUCGGUACUCCCUUCACUGCGAGCUCUCAGCCCUUCGGAUCCUCGCUCUCGUUCGGCCAGUCUCUUUUCGGGGCCAAAUCAUCCUCGGCCGGAGCAUUCCCAUCUCUGUCCAGUGUCUUCGGCAAAAGUAAUGGCUCGGGUUGCACACCCCUCUUCGGCUCUUCUGCUCCUGCAGCAGCGCCGACCACCGGAGCGCCGAGCCCUGCAGUCGUGUCUCUGCAGGAGGUGACGGUAGAGACCGGCGAGGAGAAGGAGAAGGCCGUGUUCACCGCCGAUGCAUCCCUAUUUGAGUUUAUCGAUGGAGGAUGGAAGGAGCGCGGGAAAGGCGAGCUGAGAGUAAAUGUGAGCGAGGAGAAGGAUAAAAGGCCUCGACUCGUGAUGCGAUCGAAAGGAAACCUUCGACUCCUUCUUAAUGCUAGUCUGUUCCCGGACAUGAAGCUCUCGAAAAUGGACAAUAGAGGGAUAUCAUUCGUAUGCGCUAACAGUGCAGCAGAAGGGAGGACAGGGCUCACGACAUACGCCGUCAAAGUGAAGGAUGCGGUCGUGGCUUCUGAGUUCUCGGCCACAGUGCAAGCUCACAAAGGGAACGUGAACUCGGAGCCGAGGACUCCAGAAAGCUCCCCAAAGGCUACUGAGAGACCAGCCAAAGUUGCUGAGAUCAGUGAGGUGUAAAAGCGGUUUGCGGUGGUAUAAACUACGCACUAUGAGCUUAUGAUGGAUGAUGAUGGAUCAGGGUGUCAUUGUCACUGUUGCAGAGACAUUACAUUAUAUAUACCCCAUGGCCGAGUCGAGUCUGUCGAGCUCUGAUGUUGGUACGAUGUCUGUGUGAAUUUCCGUUUGCACGGUGCGAAGUUGUGUAGAGGUUCCAGUGUUGCUGGAAUGUUUUCCGCGCGCAUUAUUCUUCUCGUCAGUGUCUAAUGAGAUCAACAUCGGUGGGAAUUGAAUACCCCAAGGUGAGGCCCUAGACACCCUCGACACUCCCUUCGCAGUGUUGAUAGUGGGGCGGAGAACUGGAGGGCUGUGCAGGUACCGAACCAACAUGCAGGUUGCGAGACUCUAGCGAUUUCAAGUGCGGCAUGGGUAUUUUUGGUUUCAAGAUGGUACUUGGAAGUGUGACGGGUACACCUCAUUCUGCACAGUCCAUGAAAGUGAGAGGUACUAUGUAGGCAUCAGUUGAUGGACCAAGCAAGCAAGUUUCACAAAUUUUUAAUGUGGAAAACCGGUCAAAUUAGUUUAGUAAAUCGUGUCAUUUUAGCCUAUAAAUUUCAGGAAAAACCUUGAUAGAACGUCGUGGACGAGAAGGGAGUGAGAUUUCUGACUCCGCAUGCAAGCAUAGUUCUGACAUUGGAAUGGACAAAGAAAGAAAGUUGCAAUGAUCAUUUUGGAGGCCGCGCAGGCGAUCACUUUCAUCAUGAUUUCACCAGUGUGUCACCUAUUGUUGAAGACAGACAUUCCUGAUCCUCAUUUUCCAGCUGUCAUGAAUUGUUUCUCCUUUGCCAUUCGUAGACGCGGGCCACACUGCCGAGUGCUGCACAGCACUGCAUUGCAGGGCAAGUUGAGACUGAGAGCAGGAAAACACAGAACCAGACUCGGAUCACUGACGCGUCAACUUAAUACAGUCAUGGGCAUGACAAGUGCGUGAGCUUAGGGUAAAUGAUAGCAUGCGCCGCUGGCAUUGGCGAUUCGGGAUCUCAUUUGUUCCUCCUCUCGUUGCCGUCAGCUCUGACGGAUCGUUUUGUAGAAGUUCAGCAGUUGCAGUCAUUGUGACCUAGCUUCUCGUUAUCUGCCAUCUCCUGCUGCAGACAGGGAAUCUUAUGUGGAUCCUCUCAUGUUCUUGAUUAGGGCCCUGAACUAUCUACAUAUAAAAAAGAAUCGGCAGGUGGGUGAGCAUUUUUGUCACACAUGCUCAGAACUACAGCCUGUGUCUCUUGCCUUGCCUUCGGUCAUCUUCGCCAUCGCAUUGGUUGCGAAUGAUUCCCCAGACAUCAUGAGCUCUAAUACUUGCUUGAGAGGCUCUGAACUACGACCGCCUUAGAAAGACAUCCAGUAAAACCUGAGAGGUACUAGGUUCAGGCCAGGCGCAGGUUGCUUUAGUCGCAAGUGUGGUAGGCAAGUGCAGUGCGUAGCAUUGAUAACAGAAAUCUAGGUUAAUGUUAUCUUGUCGAUUGCCAUUGUCAUCUUUCUACCCGUUACGUCAUAAACUCAUACGUGUGACACUGAGAAAUUUUAUAGAA